GCGAAAAGAGCUGGAGCUUCAUUCCCAGCUCUACGGCGAUCAUUACCAGAUUCGGUCCUUUGAUGAUAUGUCCACCUGCUCAGGCUCCGAGGGCGACGACAGCAGCGAUGAGGACUCGGAGGCUGGUUGGGAACCCCCCGCAGCAGCGGCGGGCAUGGCCCCGCGGGCAGCGGCGCGGUUUGACGACAGCGAGGUGGACCCGUUCGAGUGCCUCGACGCCGAGCUCGACGUGGACCAUGUGCUGGAGGCCAGUGACAUGCAGGCAGUCGCUGGAGCUGCGCCGCCUGGAGCAGCCGAGGGUGAAGGCCCCGCCGCUUCCGCUGCGCCUGCGGCCGUGAGCCCGCAGGGAGGUGCGCGAGGGCAGGCCGCGCCCCCCCCGCCCAGGGCUGGCUCCGCGUCCAGCCGAGAGAUCAGGGCGAGCUUGCCAGGUUUCGCUAUCGAUGACGAGACGUGGCACAGCACCGCGGCUGCGCCCAGGUCCGACGUGGAGUCGCUGGAGUGCAGUGCGGUCGAAUCAGCCGCCUUUCUUGUUGGUGGUGCCCUGUUACCUCAGAUCAGCAUCCAGUACGGGAAGUGGGCCGAGCACGUGGAGAGGGCCAUCUACACAUCAUGGUUGCAGUACACUGGGGCGCAUGUCGCGCAGCUCAGAGGAUCGGCAAACUUCGACGUCGCAGCAAGCAGGCCACUGAUGAUCGGCGGCUACUUGCAGAGGCUGGACGGGAGCUUCGUGACCGCGUCCCUGCCAAAGCCCGCCGAUGCUACAUGGCGGGUCGUGCUGGCGUGCGUCGCGGAGCUCGUCCCCAGCGGCAGCAGCAGCGGCGACCUCCGUGAUGACGGUGAGCUCGGGUCGCCCCUUGGAGGCGAGUCUCAGGGCGAGGUGAAGAGUUGCAAGGCGUUGGUUGCGAGCUUGGGUGACGUGCACGCCAUCUCGGACAGCCGCCUGGCGGCCUUCGAGGAGGCGGCCUUUGCAGCUGCAGCGCGUGCCAUGCAGUCGGCGGCCCACAAGUCCCUGCAGCGGCUUCGGCAGUGGAUUGGAUCGGACGAGGCCACGCCGUUGGUUUUUCGCUCCCUUCGGGAGCGGCAUCUGGCAGCAGACGAGGUCCUG